UCGUCCUGUACUUGAACCACAAGACAAGACAGGCUCAAUCGCUCUGCAGAGACGACGCAUGGCCUCGACGACAGCGGCGGUGCCGGAGGUGGCGCUGCGGUCCGGCGGCGCGAGGCCCAUGCCGGCGAUCGGCAUGGGCACCGCCACGUUCCCGGUGGUGCCGGAGACCACCGUGAAGGCCGUGCUGGAGGCGGUGGAGGUGGGCUACCGCCACUUCGACACGGCCGCCAUGUACGCGACGGAGCGGCCCCUGGGCGAGGCCCUCGCGGAGGCGGUGCGCCGCGGGCUCCUGGCGUCCCGGGAGGAGGUGUUCGUCACGUCCAAGCUCUGGUGCACGCAGUGCCACCCGCACCUCGUGCUCCCGUCCCUCCGGGAGAGCCUCCAGAACCUGCAGAUGGAGUACGUGGACCUGUACCUGAUCCACUGGCCGAUCAGCCUCAAGCCCGGGCCGACGGUGUUCCCGGUGAAGCGGGAGGACGCCGUCCCGUUCGACUUCGAGGGCGUGUGGCGGGCCAUGGAGGAGUGCCACCGCCUCGGGCUCGCCAAGGCCAUCGGCGUCAGCAACUUCACCACCAGCCACCUCGACAAGCUCCUCGCCGCUGCCACCGUCCAUCCUGCAGUCAACCAGGUGGAGCUGAACCCGGUCUGGCAGCAGAGGAAGCUGAGGGGGUACUGCGCCGAGAAGGGUAUCCACGUGGCAGCCUACUCGCCGUUGGGAGGGCAGAACUGGAACGGCGACGGAAACGCCGUGCUGGACUCCGAGGUGCUCGCGGAGAUCGCCAAGGCUAGAGGAAAGACCAUCGCACAGGUAGCGCUAAGGUGGAUCUACGAGCAAGGGGUGACCCCGAUCGUCAAGAGCUUCAGCAAGGAGAGGCUCAAGGAGAACCUCGGGAUCUUCGACUGGUGGCUCGCCGACGACGACCUGCGCAAGAUCGGCCAGAUUCCGCAGAAGAAGAUCGUCAGAGCUGAAACCGUGCUGUUCUCGGCGGAGGGCGAGUUCACGUCGGCUGACCUCGCAGACAUGGAAAUUGUUGAGGAAUAAAUAAAAUAGGCACUGAGAAUGCCUGCUUCGCUGUGUGACGUAAACUGCAGUAGCUUACAUAGAGAGUGUGGAUGAAUAAAGAAGUGAUCCGUGCUAUAUCCUGUUA